UUCGUGAAAUCGGUCCCGGCGCUUCUCUCCUCUCGUUCGUCCGUUUCACGAACGUGAACGAGAGAGAGAGAGCUCUCUCUCGCAAGAACCGCGCGCAAUACUUGCGCGCGCCCGAGAUAAUUAGUUUCCGAGAGUUGGUAUUCGCGUCGCGGUUGUAUAUACGUUCCCCGCUAUAGAGUCAAAACUGCCGCGCGCGUGUGAUCUACGAGCGAUAUCGGUUAUUUCGCCUCUACCUUUGACAUGCAGAAUUAAUGAUCGGUUGUCAGUGUCUUGAAAGCUGUGCUAAUCAGCGCUUCGAUGUAGCACGGCGGCGCUUCAAGCGCGAUAACGAAAUUAUCGCCCAAGUUUUGAAUGUUUCAACGCGAAAGCAGCAAUAUCGAGAGAAUAGUAUUGAUUGUGUUGUGUGUAGAGAAAGCUGAUAUUAUAACGUGAUAAUUAAUUUAGCGUUAUAUAUAUAGCGCGCGCCCGCCCGCGAAACCUACGAGGCGCGAUACGAGAAAUGUCAGUUCAUUGGGACGAGAGUUUACCUCUUGUGCGCUUAGAAAGUUCAUUAAAUAAAUACGUCGCGUUUUUUUCUUCGCUCUUGUAAUUUGCGGUGCGCGCGCGUGAAAAAAGAAAACGCGAUCGUUCGCGAUUUGUAUUCAACGCCCAGAGGCCGCAUUUUCUCUCCGAGCUUCUUCUCGCAAGAUACUCCCGCAUUAUCCCUAACGAGAAUGUGAAAUCCAUGUUACGGCGGGACGAUAACAAAUGAUGCGCGCAUCGCCUCCACACGUUCGCAGAACGGGAACGAGGAAUUUAUUAUGAGGACACUCUUAAGAUUGAGGAUCGCACGAUGAUCCGCCGCGCGCUUCUUCUAAUCUGAUCCGAGAUCCCGAGCGGGAUAAUUGCGACGGCGGUAUAACGUUCGCUGAGAGAUCGAAGAGAGGAGCGGCGGUGUAAUCGGCGCUCCGUUCCCCUCCCCGAGGGGAGUUGCGGAUGCGGCUGUGUGUAUCUGCGGCCGUGAUACGCGAAAAUGGCGGUUGCGCCCGGUAAGAAUAAAUUGAAAAUGGGCAGUGCGGACCGAUACUACGGCGCUUAUCUCAUCUACGACGUGGCGAACUCAUACCUCGCCGCCUUGCACGCCAAGAUGCCUCCUCCGGUGGUCGUCACGCGAACCAACCCUCCGUCUCCCGUGCAGAACCCCCAACACUAUCACAUAUUUGUUGGGGAUCUGAGUCCGGAGAUCGAGACACACGCCUUGAGGGACGCGUUCUCAGCCUUCGGGGAGAUCUCGGAUUGCAGGGUCGUCAGAGAUCCCCAGACUCUCAAGUCCAAAGGAUAUGGAUUCGUCUCGUUCGUCAAAAAAGCGGAAGCAGAGAGCGCCAUCGGUCACAUGAACGGCCAGUGGCUUGGCGGAAGAAGUAUUCGGACAAAUUGGGCCACUCGCAAACCUCCCGCACCUAAAUCCGAAGCGAAUGCAAAACCGCUGACGUUCGACGAAGUCUACAACCAGAGUAGUCCGACCAACUGCACGGUGUACUGCGGCGGAUUGACCAACGGUUUGACAGAAGAACUCAUGCAGAAGACCUUCGCGCCCUUUGGAACCAUUCAAGAAAUCCGAGUGUUUAAGGACAAAGGAUACGCCUUCGUCAGGUUUUCCACCAAGGAGUCGGCCACGCACGCCAUCGUGGCGGUACACAACACAGACAUCAACGGCCAAACAGUGAAGUGCAGUUGGGGCAAGGAGAGUGGAGACCCUAAUAAUGCUCAACAAACUGGACAGGCGUUAUCGUCGGCGACGUACCCAUACUACGCGGCGGCGGCAGCUGCCGCCGCGGCGGCGGCGGGCGUCGCGGGUGUCGGAGGCGUCGGUGGCGUCGGCGGUGCCGGACAACUGGGAUACUGGUAUCCGCCCCAAUCUUAUCCCACGACAGCGACACAAAUGCAAGCUGGUGGCUUUCUACAAGGCAUGCAGGGAUACACCUAUGGACAGUUCGCCGGAUAUCAACAGGCACAAUAUAUGGGAAUGGGCAUGGGUGCUGUCCACGCUGCUGGCACAGCGGCAGGAUGGGGUCAGGGAUUACCAGGGGGACCACAGUUACCGCCACACCACGCCACAACGGUCACGGCACCCCCAGGGGUGCAAGCCGCACCCCCGCCACCACCGCCACCGGCACAAAUGAUGGCCUACCCGAUGCAACAGUUCCAGCUAGCGGAUGAGGACUGGCUGACGCCUAGCCUUCUAGUGUGAUGGUAAGCAAGUACACCCCACCAACAGGAACAACUUCUACUUCAGCAACAACAGUUACCACCACCAUCACCACCAUCACUUCCUCCUCCACUAC